UGCCUCACAACGGAGGAAGACCAUAUCUUUUGUCAACAAAACUAUUUAUACCAGAAUAAUCAUGGUGCAUGGUACUACCAUUGGGUUCGUUGGGUUGCUAUACACCACGUUACUUCUCAUUCUGUAUGUGGACAUCUUGGAGGGAAUUGCAGAAGGUGCCAUCAUGUACAGGAGCAGUAAAAAUGAAGGGUAUCACAGGGAUUUGGUCACUGAAGUCAUCAUACCGCUGUCCCCUGCUGGUCAGCUGCCUACAUAUGGCUGUGACAUUCUACUAGUUGAACACCUUCCCUCUGGUGUCUAUAUCGAUGUGCAUCAGAUUGAGCAAAUGGUGGAGUUUGGAGGACCAGAGGUAAUUGUGAAUGAUCCAAUUGACAUUGAACAGCCUGAGUACUUAUCGCUGCCAAAUAAGAUACUAGUUUAUGGCCAGAUUACUGUGAAGGGUCAAAGGUUAUCAACAAGUAUUACGUUACCGAUCCAUCUGCGUUAUCAUCGAGCUGAAAGUGAAGGGGGAUAUGUUCAAGUUAUUCAGAAACAUCCCGAAGUAUUUGUCAGGUGUGAUGCUUAUGAUCAUUUCUCUACUCAAGAUUCACAAGGAUUUCCAUGUUCUGCCAAAUAUCCCGAGCAAAGAUGUCCUUGGUACAAAAUAGAUUACAGCACAGACUCCAAAGAGAUUACCUUCCAUCUGCCUAUCGGAGAUAGUGACCUCACCAACCUCGUCUGCAUAAUAACGAUAGGAACGACCUUAUUUGGUUGUCUCUACAUCAUUUAUAAAUCCGUCUUCUCAUGCCAUACUAAGUACAUUCCAGACGAUGAAGACAAGGCAAAAAAGCAAUAAGUGCAUUAAUUGGGCUCUUUUUAGGACCAGACAAGCUGGUUGAACAGUCAUUUGAACAACUUGCAAUCCUGUUCUCUAUACCAAAAUUCUCUCUCCAUUCCUUCUAAUGUUAAUUCUUUAAUAUUCACAUUUUAUUGUGUCACUUCAUCAUACAUGUAUGGAACCUGUAUAAAUUUGUCCACUACUGAUCAUCUUAUUAUAUUAAUGAUUUCCAUUUGUUGACUGUUAUCCCUGUAAAAAGGUCAUCUCUCAAUGUUGGCAAUUCAAAGCCAAUAUGUGCGAAGUUAUCCCUGUACAUGUACCACCCCAUUCUCUUUAUUGACCUGCAUUUUUUUAUUCGAAUAAAUUGUUUUAUUUGUUAUGAAGCAUUUGUUUGUGUUUCU